AUGGCAACAUUUGAAUCUUCAUUUGCAAGAAGAGAUCAGAAUCAUUUCAGUGACAGUACUAAUACUACCGAUAGUAGCAACCAUACACCACCGGCAACACAUUCCCCCCCUGUAUCUGCAUUAGCAUCCACAACUGCACCUUCAUCAACACCUUCAUCAGCAUCAGCAUCAGCAUCAGCAUCAACAUUAACAUCAACAUCAAGUUCAAUGUCAAUAAGAGAUACAGACACAUGCACCCUUCCCACUGCACUAUCACAAACUCCGAGCUCUUCAAAUGAGUCUACUCCCCGAGAUCGACGUCGAUCUUUUACAUACGAAUCAACAUCACCCAAUGGCAGUUCAGAAGCUUCACCUGCGUCACCAACACCACUUUCCAUGAGCUUUAUGCAUAAACCAUCAAGAUCAGAGAAUUUCUUCACUCAAUCAAAUGAUAGAACAAGGGAAAAUAGCAUAUUCAACAAGACCUUGUCUUCUUUUCCCUCACAAAGACCACCACCACAGCAACAACAGCCACAACCUCCCAACACAAAUUCAAUUUCAUCAACAUCUUCUUCGUCUUCUGGUACUUCACUGAUGGAUAAAUCACCAACUGCAAGCCCUCUACUUCCUGCAUCUCCACCUUUGGAAGAUAAGAAUGAUCAUUUCGCUCCACCAGACUAUUUUAAUCACAAAUCGUCACUUAAAUCAAUAUCAAGAUCAAAAUCAUUACCAACAACCCCAACUUUCAAAGUCCAUUUUGGCAAUUCAGACGUCCGUUAUUUCAAAAAGAAGGAUACACCAAAAACUAUAUCAGCAAGCAAUUCACCAAAAUUUGGUGCGCAAGAAUACUCCUCGGAUGAUGAGGAUUACGAUGAUGAUGACGACGACGAUGACGAUGAUGACUACAAUACAUUUGGAAAAGGUUUCAGCUAUGGAUACACCUACCGUGACGACGAUGAUGUUGAUGAUGAUGUAAAAAGAAUCAGUUCUAGAGGUGGCGGUGCCCACAGCAGACACAAUAGCGAUUUCCACAAUUUUAGCUUGGGUGAUACAAAAUACCCAAAACCACCAUCAGCAUCCUCCUCCUCAGAAAUUAAAUGGGAUUUGCAAUUGCUAAAUUUUGCUCCGUUAUCAUACUUGAAAAGAAUUGAAGCAGAAACACCCGUGUUUCUUGAGCGGUUGUUUAUCUCUGCUGAUAAGAAAUACUUGUUUGGUCAUAUUGCUGUAAAGAAUCUAGCCUUUGAGAAGUAUUUGACGGUGCGCUACUCAGUUGAUAAUUGGAUGACAAUUAUUGAGAUUCCCACCACUUACACUGCUGAGAAAGCCGAUGUUUUGGAAAAGAACAACUAUGAUCGUUUUGUUUUCAAGAUACCCCUUGAGAAUUUAUUCAAUACGUUUAAAAUGUCGAAAACUGCAUCUACUGAUUCAUUGAGUGAAGACAGUAGUAGCGGUAGCAACAAUGGUGAUGUUUUUAGAGGUUCAAGUUUGGGUGAUUACCAAAAGGAAAGAAGAUACCAAUUUUGUAUCAAGUACUGUACUCAAGGGCAUGAGUAUUGGGAUAAUAAUAGAUUUCAAAAUUAUUUGGUGAAAUUGGUUAAAUCGAGAAUAUUCCAUCGUCAACAACCACAACAAGCACCACAACAAAAGCAUCAUUUUUAUAAUUUGGAAAAUAAAGAUUCAAAAUUACAGGACCAUGCGAAAAAGCCAAGAUAUUCUAGCAGCUAUCUUAAACGAGUUGGAUCUGAUUCUGGAAUUAGUUACAACAAUCCUGGGGUAUAUGAAUCUAGAAACAACGACGAAGGGGCAGAUUUGCAAGAUGAUCAGGAUGAUGACGAUGAUACUACCAUCACAGUUGAUGCUAAUAGUAGUAGUUCCACAUUAAAAGAAAAUAUCGAGGAGUUGUUGAAGAAUACCGGAGAUGCCCAAAUCAAACUGCAAGGUAUAAACAAUAAUAGAGGUUCUUCAUCGAUUCCUGCUUCUACCGAGUCAACUGCCAUGUCCACCGGCAGUACCAACGACAGCAAUAAUAACAACGUUAGUAACAAGGGUGGAAACAACAAUGGCGUCCCUAAAGCCAAAAACCUUCAACUUGAUCUUGACCUCGAUGCACUUGACACCGUGACUACAACGACCCCGAAAUAUAAGUCGAAAUUCAUCACUAAUCAAUUCAAUUUAAAUUCGAAUUCGAAUGCCCAAACCAAGGGGAAUUUAUCUACAGGUAGAUCAAAUGCAUUCAAUAGUGACUUGAAGAGUAAGUCGUACAAGGAGAUACUUGAUUCCUAUUGCUUUUUUAAAUCUGAUUCUGCAAAUGCAAGUGCAAGUGCAAGUGCAAGCGGUGGAUCUGGAUCUGGAUCUGGAUCUGCAAGUGGUAGUUCAAGCAAUGCCAAUAGCGAGAAUGGCAAUGUUAGUGUCAAUGGUGAUGGUAUCGACAAUGAUAUCGGCAGUGGAAGCAAUGGAAGUGAGGUUUGA